GCCAAAAGGGCCGGUGGUUGCUUCAUUUAUUAAAUGGUUUCUUUAGCAUCCCUUUUUCUUUUACAAAUAGCCUCUCAAACCACUUGCAUAAUAUCGACCAUCAACCAACAAGAAGCUGGUGUAAAUUAAAGCAAAGAAAUACACAAGUUUUAGAGAGAGAUGAGUAGAAGAGAAGGAAAAGGACCUCCUUCAAGGGAUCUUUUGGUAUGUUUUCCGACAAGAGCACAUCUUACAUUGAUGCCAAAGGCGGUUUCUAGUCCCCGGAGACACCACCAGAACCACCUUAGAAAGUCCAUGAGAGGUGGCGGAGGAGGCCAUGCAAGUCCAUAUCUAAAGCAGAUGAGUUCUGAAAACUUGUCUGAACCGACUUCUCCUAAAGUAACGUGUGCUGGGCAGAUCAAGGUGAGACCAAGGGCAGGAGCGUGCAAGAAUUGGCAGACGGUUAUGGAAGAGAUAGAAAGGCUUCAUAUUAAUAGAAAGACGAAAAAGCCUAAUUGGGUGGAGGCAUUAGGGUUCAAGAAAGAAGUCAUGCAGUUCUUGGCUUGCUUAAGGAGGAUUAAGUUCGAUUUUCGUUGUAUGAGGUCGUUUUCGCAUGUAGAUGUCACUUCAGACGAUGAAGAAGGCGAUAACGAUAAAGAAAUCGAUCAAAAUCAAGAUAUUCAAGAUCACUAUGACCAUGAAGAAGUUUCAUCACGAACUGUGUUCUCGAAAUGGUUUAUGGUGCUACAAGAGAAUAAUCAAGAUUGUGGGGUGUUUUCAAAAGACGAAAAAAGUUUGACAUCGGAAGAAACUGAUCAAGAUCCUCGUCCAUGUCUGCCGCCUGCGAAUGCGCUUCUGCUCAUGCGCUGUCGUUCUGCUCCUGCUAAAAGCUGGAUGGAAGAGAAACAAGAAGAAGAAGAACAAGAAAAAGAGGAUGAUGAUGAUGAUGGUCAUGAUGAGAAAGUUGAAGAAGAAGAACAUGCCGAUGAUGAUGAUGGUGAUGAUGAUGAGAAGAUGGAAAAGAAAGAGAAGAAAAGGAAGAGUUUGAUGGAAUUGAUGAAGAUCAAUGAUCAAAGUGAUUUCUACAAAUUAUCGAGUGAUGUUGUUAAGGAAACAUGGGUGAUUGGUGGAAUUCAGAAAGAUCCAUUCUCAAGAAGUAGAAGUUGGAAAAGAUGAUGGAUGGAUGCAUCAAACCCUUAAUUGUUUCUUAAUUACUUUUCUAUUUCUUGAUUAUAACUUUGUAAGUAUUUUGUUGAUAACCUACCAAAAACAAUGUUGUAUCAAGUUUACAAGAAAUUAAUAAUUGUUUUGAU